GCCAACGAUGCAGACGCGGCUAAAAAACCAGCUCUCCUGGUAACUGUUUGAUUUGAGUCCAAUACAAGCACAGUGGUGACCGCCCAAUAAAAAAAAUAAAAGUGCUACCAACUCCUGUUCCGGCUUCUCCUGUUUCAAAGUGCAUUUGUUUCAAGUGAUUUAAAUAAAAAAUUAAAUAAAAUAAAAUACAAAUCUUCAAAGGCCCUAACCAGCAGCUUUCGGAACUUACGCUUGGAUGGCCGCUAAUUAAAAACCUAAAAUUUAAUCAAGUGAAAGAGAAACAUCACAGGAAGAAGCCAUAACAGAUACCAGCUUCCAGCUUGUAGCUCAGCUCCAUUGGUGAGCUUAGGUAGUUACCUCAACCAUACUUUUUGGGCCCAGUUUGCUAGCUUUGAGAGUGUUUGUUGUCUGGCUGCCGCUGUUUAUGGCAAUUAAGCUAUGAAGCGAGGCAUGCAACUCACCGCCGCCUGGCUGUGCUUACUGGCCACGGCCAGCUUAGCUCAGAACCAGGAGUCAUCCGCCAAAUGGUCCCGCCAGCUGGAAAGCGUAGGACAAACCGAUUCUCUGGACUCCUUAGACUGGGUGCCCUUGGCCCAACCCCUAGAUGGCAGCAAGGAUCGCUCGGGUAAUGGACGCGUCCUGACCUACUCGCAGACCUUUCCGCCCAGCGCCCGCUUCGGAGAUCUGACCAAGACGGGCGGCUCUCAGUUCGACUAUCCCUUCCAGUUCCAGCGUUAUCCGAAUGGAGGAAGUCAGGCUUUGCCGCUCCGCCAGGGACCACCACCGCCGCCAGCUAGUCUGAAGACCAGCGGAGCUGGUCAGGAGCCCACGUCGCAGUCGUUCUUCAAGUUUGAGAUGCCCUUCCACAACAAUAACGAGGGACAGGCUCAGGCGCCGCCCACACUGCAAACUGGUUACCAGAUUCAGCAUACUUUUGGAGCAGGAGCAGCUGGACUCCAGGCACCCUCUUCGCUGUUUAGUCCUCCUUCGCUUUUUGGACAGCAGCAGGGACAGCCUUUUGGAUCAGACUUUCACUCUUUGGGCUCACAGAAGCCUCUGGCUCAGGCGCUGAAUAAGCCACUGCAUCAGCAGAACUAUGUCCAGGAUAUACUGCCUCCCAAGACUUUGGGAAAACCACUGCCCACACAGCCCUCCCUACAGAGCGUGACGCCCCAGGUCUUUCCUGUAAACCCAGAACCUGAGAAUCUCUUUGGCUUAAACAAGGCAGCUCCUUCAUCAGCUCCUUCCUCCAGUCGGGAUCAGGAUGUGCAGUUGCUGUAUGUCCCCUACGAUACCCUGUACAACCAGCAAAGACAGCAAUCGGGAUUGGGUUCAGGUUCCAGUUCCAACUUUGAGGUGAACAAGUUCAAUGUCAAUCCAGGCCUGCCUGCUGUGAAUCCCUACCAGAUCAAUCAGUUCUACACACAAGAUCCCAGCAGUGACUUCUUUAGCUCUGGCACAACCACCAGACCCAGUACCACCACCAGUCAGCCGCAGAGCAUCUUCCAGAGCUUCGGGCAGCCGCAGCCCCAGCAAACGCAGUUCACCACCGCGAAACCCAAGCCCAAGGCUCAUCAGCCCCCCUUGGCCAUGUUCCUGCUGCGCUCUAGUUCCCGGCCCUCGCAAUCCGAUGUGGUCACUGCUCUGAGGAAUGCCCACAGCAUCUCCGUGAUUGACUCACCCACCAAGCAGACGCCGGAAAUCUUUGUGGGUCCCGCCGGCAUGCCCAUUCCCGAGGGCUAUGUGAAGUUCGAUCUGCCUUACCUGUCGCAGCUCUCGCAGAAUCGGGAUCUUAGUGAUGUCUCAUUCUUUGUAGCUCCCUUGAGUUACAGGACUCCAAAUGGCUUCAACAAGAUCCUGCUGCCAGAGCCCCAUGUGGGUUCCAUUGUGGUCAAUAGGGCCAAGGAUAUUGGAACAAGUCAGCAACUGUCGCCUCCGGCCAGGCCCCAGCGUCCCUAUGCCACUGUGAGCAGCACCCGCAAUCCCUUCGAGAGCACUACCUCCCAGUCACAGCUCCAAGCUGGCCAGAGCCAGAUUCCUGGACGUGGCAACAAGUUUAGCUACUACUAUGUCCAAGAUGGCAUCCAGGAGGUGAAUGCCCCCAAGGUGCCCGCCAAGCAGGAGCGUCACAAGAAGAAGCGACCCCAGAGCGUCCAGGUGGAUCAGCCCCAGCAGUAUCGUCCUGCGCCCACCAAGGCCCAGAGCCAGAAUCCCUUUGAUAAUCUCAACCAGAUUGGCGGCGAUGAUUUCUUCAAGACGCUGGGCACCAAGCCCACCACUACCUCUACUUCCAGUACCUCCACAUCGACUACGACGUCCACAACUUCCACGACUGCUGCACCUCAAUCCUUGUUUACCUACAGCACCCGCCCGCAGGUGGAGUUCCCCGGCUCCAGUGGCCAGCUGUAUCCCCAAUAUGUCCAGGAACCUGUUCAGGAGCAACUUCUUAGGUUGACCACGCGUCCUCCAACCGCCUCCACAGCAGAGGAAGAGCAGCGCAUGAAGCAGUACUUCCGUCAGCAAGAUGCCUUCCGCCAGCGGCCGCAUACCACAAAUCCUCCUUUCGAAUAUACUCCAAGCUCACUGGACUACGAGGUUCCCCUGCCCACAACCACCACGCAGAGGAUCAAGACCAAGCAGCGGGUUAAUCUCUACACCCCAGCCGCUGUUCCAGUGACCACUUCGGAUGUGGGUUACAAUAACGUGGAGCAACAGGCUCCUCUCAACCAUCGUCCCAGCUACAGUCAGGUGCAGAACGAGAUCCUGGACAACAGCAAUGUGGAAUAUGACCCCAAUCCCUACCAUGUGCCCUCGGAGUUGCCACCCCUGACUCCAGAUAUUCCCGGAUUGGUGAACAAUCUGCAGGAGAAGGAUAAGUUGCAGCCAUCCGUGGCCACCACUCCUUUGCCUGAACCAGAACCAGAGACACGACCAACCAGGAGACCCGUGCUCCGCACCCGCAAGCCAGCUGUGACCAAGGUUACCUCUUCUGUGUCCUACUCCGAGUCGGAGUCCUCUGGCAAGCUGCCCACUCACCGCAUCAGGAGGCCCUACAGCAGCCGAGGAACCACGGCACCAGCAGCCUCUACAGGCAGCGGAGAUGGCGGCGAGGAAUCAUCGGUCACGCCCACACGUCGUCCUACCAGCGCCCGGAAUCCCCUGAUCCGUAAUCCCAAUCGCAUUCGCUACAGGCCCACCACCGAUGAGCGUCAGACGCUAAAGACCAAGACCAGGAAGGGAUCGAAGAACGGCAAGGGCAGCGAGGAUCAGGAUUUGGAUUACCAGCGAGAUGUGCUAAAGCAGAACUACCCAGUGUUCAAGGCGUCCUCCAGGCGGCCCACUAGCCCCACGGCCAUUCCUAGCUCGUACGAUGUACAGGGAACUACCGAAGGACCCGCCUCCGAGUCCCAGCAGGUCUACACGGUGACCCCCAGCAACAGCAUUGAUAACAGUGGCAACGAGCAGAGCGGUUUUCCCACCAAUCUGCUGGAACCCAUGCAGAUAGCUCAGCAUUAUCAGGAGUUCUCCAAGGAUAACUAUGGACCGGGUUAUUUCCCCAACCAGGAGGAUCUCAAUCCCACGGAGGCAAUUGUACGCAAUGAAGUCAGUCCUAUUUUCACCACCCUGGCCACCACGACGCCUUCUACUACGACGACUUCGACUACAACAACCACAGAGGCGCCUCCAACUACCACCACCAGACGUUCGCCUUUUGUGAGAAGGAAUUAUCCUAGGCUGAGGACAACCACGACCACAGAGACGCCUGUGACCAGUACCACGCCCUCAGAGGAGAGGCCAUCUAUCCGCUCUCGUCUGCCUCCCCGUCGCGUGGUGAAGGUGCGUCAACGCCAGCGUCGUCCUGCACAUCCAGCUUCUUCCUCAACAGUGGCGCCCGAAGAGGAAUCGGAACCAGUUACCCAAAAGGCAAAUCUGCGCAAACUGAGUCGUUACAAUAACCCAGAGGUGAAGGACAAGGAGACUCCCAGUCCCACUCCCCUCACCCAGCGACGUCGCUAUAAGCAACCCUUCCAGCUGGAGGGUCAGGAGUCCCAGUGGUCUCCCUCCUCGGAAACAGCCAACAGCAACUCCAACUCGAACAGCUUCAAGCCCCUGAAUCCCAAAUUCAAAACUGAGACUCACAACUUUGAGAGUGAGCCAGAGAUAGUGACCAUGGGACCCACGGAACAGCCAGAAACCUACGAGUUCAAUGUGGCUGCCGAUUUGGGAGGAUCAGGGGGUCAGCGCACUACCAUCAAGGCGCCCAAUCUCAAACCCGAGAAAUCCUUUGCCGAGCUUCUAGAGGAAGUGAUGGGCAAGGCACCGGAGGAUCACACCACCGAGUCACCCAGCAGUACCUUGGGACGCCUCAGCCGACGUGGCAAGUGGAAGAAGAACCGUGUGGCCACCGAUAACUCUGAAAACUUUGAGACAGCCGAGUCCCAGAAUCUGGGACCGCAGUUGUACAAUGCCCUGCAAGCGGCCGGCGAGAAGGAGGAGCUGCCCAAGACCACAACUCCCCUGACCGCCAUAGUCACUGAAAUCCAGACUGAAGCCCUGGCCAUAACCACCACAAUGGCUUCGCCCACAACGCCUGAAGAGUACGAGGUGACCACCGCCCGCGCUGUGGAAGAGGCCACCAUGACCUCCACACUGCCGGUGAGCGAGGAGAGUGCCACGCGUCGCAUGGACACUGCAGCAGAUGUGGACGAUCUGGAGUCGCAGCCCAGCAUCUUUUCCGAGGUGAGGAAGCAGCUGCAUGACCUCUUUGCCAUUGAGGAGAGCGAGGAUGAGGCGGUGACCGCCGCUCUGGCAGCCGUGGGCAAGCGUCGCCAGGAAUACACAAGCAUUCGUCGCACCAGCCCAGCGACGCCUGCGGAGAAAACCACACUGGCGCCGGCUAAUGAGGAGGAGGAAGCCAAAGCAACCGCCACCACCACAGAAGCCACCGUUGCAGAGAGCAAAAAGGAUAGCUUCCACAAGGAUCUGAUGGAGCAUGUGGUGUAUGCCACCUCAACGUCGACCAAAGUAACCUCCGAGACGGAGAUCUGCUACCGCGGACGCUGCAUUCGGUCCGAGGAUCUGCCCGCCAACCACAAGCUGCACUGAGCACAGAAACACCAACUCCAACUCCUCCGGUAGAGAGGUAGACGCAGCGAUUGAUCAUGUACAUAGGGGCAGAGGGGAUGCGGACAAGGAGGCUGCUCCUUCGGGACCGCGUCCACUUGUAAUUACCUAGCUUUAACUACAAAUAUUUUAAGGAUAAGCUAACAGAAAAGGGGAGGUUCUUGGAUAGGAUAUGGGAGAAGUACAUCGUAAUCCUAUCAGGGAACUUCCUCCACACAAAAACCCCUUGAGAUUCCCCACACUUAGAGAAAUUAGUUGCUAGUUUCGUAGAGUUAGCAUUACGUCAGGAUAGUCUUGUAAGUCUUGUACCAUAUGUACUACGAAUAAUACCAAUAAAAACGAAACGAAAUACAUAAAUAA